AUCUGAAAAAACUAUUGCAUUAGUUUCGAAACAUUUAGUAAAUGGUGGACCUAUUUUCGUUUUCUUGGAUUGACACAAAUAACAGAUGCAUCGGCUGAUAGAAUUAUGAAUGUAAUAAACCUUUUUAUAACUCAAAAAGAACUGGAUAUAACGAAAUUAAGACAUUUUGGUAGUGACGGAGCUGCAACCAUGACAGGCAUUCGUAAUGGUGUUGCAACUCAACUAAAAAAACUUAAUAAUUUUAUUACAUCAACACAUUGUGUUGCAUAUCGCUUACACUUAGCUUCAGAAGAAGCUGCAAAUGAAACACCAUAUUUCGCACAUUAUAAAACUAUAAUUAAAGGAAUUUAUUCUUAUUUUUCUAAUUCAUAUAAGCGAAUGUAUGAAUUAAAAAAAAUCAAAGAAGAUAUGGAAGUUUCUGAUUUAACAAUUCUUAAUAUGUCUUACCGAAGUAUGGUACCCAUUUGCGAAAGUUAA